GCGGGAACAAGCAACGAACUUCGGUAAAGCAGUUCUUUAAAUUUAAUCGGAACUCCAAGCAAGCUUAUACCGAUUUUCGUCGUCUGAAUCUAACUCAAAAGAACUUUAUUUUCCGUGAGGCGUUUGGUGUGAAAAUCCAAAGUAAUCUUGCAGAAAGAAAAUUUUAAAAAGCAACAUGGUAGCACAUUUUGAACAUAUGUUCCACCUUGGGCGACCGAAAUUUCUCAUGUAUAGCAACGUCAUCUACACCGUUGGGGUCGCGGCAGCGUACAAGUCCAAUCCGAAUUUGCCUUUUAAUCUUUGGUCAUACAUUUGGAUUUGUCUCCUGGUCCACGCUAUCCACGCGAUGACUCAUUAUUUCAACGAAUAUUACGACUACGAGGCUGAUUGCGCUAACAAGAACCCAAGCCCCUGGACUGGCGGUUCGCGCGUGUUGGUCGAGGGAAAAGUCAAACCCAAAGUCUCGUUACUGAUAGGAAGAUUAAUCUGUGCGAUAGUGUUGUCAAACGCGGUCAUUUACUAUGGGGUAUCUGGGAAUGUUCCUGCAACGGUCACUAUAGUACUUGGUGUAAUUUUUGGUCAUGGAUACAGCGCUUGGCCGCUCAGAACCUCACGUAUCGGAUUAGGAGAAGCGACCGUGUGCCUCGUUCUGAAUAUCCUAGUACCAUUGGUUGGUUACCAGUCACAUGACCCUAGUUCACCGUUCGGUAAUAGGUUGCUAUGGCCAAUAUUACUCCCGCUGUUGCCAAUACAAUAUGUUCGAAUGAUGGUUAUGAACAUGGCUGACCUGGAACCUGACAAAAUUACUGGGAAACUCACGCUGGUCGCGAGGAUUGGAAUGCAACUAUCGUGUGUAAUUCAUGGGAUUGGUAUCGUGUUUGCAUACAUCUUACAUGUCUGGUUGUAUAUUUAUGGAUAUCUUUCUACAGUCGUAUUUCUUCUCAUGCUUUUACCUGCCCCGAUUGGACUACGACAGAUUCGUAACGUUUGUAUUCGCCCCUGGAAAUUCGACAAUCCAUUUUGGAGCAGUCAGCAUAACAUUUUGUCAAUGGCCAUGGCGCUCGCGGGCAUCUUACUUUCCGGAGGGAGACCGCUGAGUGGAACAUCGUGGGCUCUUAUUUUUCCUUUAGUUCUUAUCUCUAUCUCGGUUCCAGUUCUCUUCAAGAAGAUCGUGGAAGCGGCCAAGGCGCACGAUUCUCUCAAGCGUAAUAUAGUGAAAUUUGCAAGAGAGGAAUAAUGGAAAAGCCGAAUAUUUAGAAAGGUGUACAAAAAAUUGUAAAUGUUGUAAUGAUAGUUGUUAUGCAUUCUUAUUUACUUAUAUUUUAUUUAAAUCGUCGUAUAUUUUAAAACUGAAUUCUACAAUCCUCUACAAUCCUGUCAUAAAAGGAAGGAACGGAAUUGAGAACAGUGUUAUACUUGAUAAAAGUUGAUAAAAACUUGAAAUUUCUCAUGGAAAGGAAUUUUAAUGACCAGGAGAUAGGUGCGAAAUAGUAUAAUUUAUAUAUAUUAUUUGUUUAAAAAAAAA